ACAAUAUAAAUUUGUGACAUGUUGCUCCGUUUUUUUAUUUACAUUUUUUAUUUUUAAAUACCCAUGAAGAGGGGUAUGCGAGGCAAGGGGAUUGUGUUUAAAGGCCACUGGCCUAUUUAAGCAUUUGUGUCACGCUGCUGUCACACAGUGUUUACUUAUUCAAAAAAAUAAAUAAACAAAUACUAAAUCACCUUGUAUAAAUAAUAAUUGUCAUAACAAAGAUAGAGUAUAGUGUUACAUAAGUAAAUUAUUAUCAAAUUAAAAUAAUGGAUGUACCAGCUAGUAAAAUAAUUGAUGUUUCUUGGAAAUUUGGAGUUACUGCUGCCAGUAGUGAAUCAGAUAAAGUUGGAAAAACUUUUCUUCAAUUGAGACUUAUUCUUGAUAACGAUGGUACACGAGAGGAUGUAUUUACUGAAAUGACACUAAGUCAAUUUUAUAAAUUUCUUCAUGAUUUAGAAAAAGCCAAAAAUAGUCUUGAUUUACUUGUAUGAAAAAUACUCCAUAAUUUAUU